GGGAGGUGCUCGGUGAUUGGCUGAGCGGGCAAUGGGAGUCCAGAGGCUGGCAUUUCAACUCUGUGUUCAAAGGCGCCGUAUUGGUGUUUACAGCCUGACUGUCCGCGGUCCACAGAAGACAGGACACGUUCAGAGGAGGAUGGCGAGGCACAGAUAACAGCUGUUGGCGCGAGCGGAGACUGUCAAGCUGAGGCGAUAUAUCGGAGGGCAAGCUGUCUGAUUUCCUCUUCGAAAGUGAGCUGUACAGUCUGCUUGGUCGAGUCGAAAUGCUCGUGUUAUCGACAGAAAAUAGUCUACCUGUCGUGAAGUUUUGAAGCCGUCGAACUUCACAUGUGAGAAACUGCUGAGCGGCUUCAUGAAGUUCGCCUCGCUGACCGUGUGACUCGCUUCUGUUUUCCUCACAGCGGAACUUCUCACCUGAGUGUUUUUGCUCUGCCCGUUGGUGAAAAGUUGGUGGAGACGGACUAUUUUGUAGCCACGGAAGCUCGGUUUUCUAAGGAGAAUAUCACGCCUUCCACACUGAGCCGCCUACAGAAGCGUGUGGAAGGGUGUCUUCGUCGGCGACUUCAUCGAGAGCACCUGGGACGUUUGGCAGCAGCGUAAACGAGAAAGAUGCUCUCUGUGCGGAUACGGCGCGAACAAGCUCCCGCUCCUGUGCUGGCUCUCCUUUUCAUUUGUGGAACCUUCAUGAGCAGCGCAGAUGGCAGUGACUACAGUGAGGUUCUACCAGACUCCUUCCCAUCUGCGCCAGCCGAACCACUGCCAGAGUUUCAGAGUGAGCCGGAGGAUGCCUUCAUCGUAAAAAACAGACCAGUAAAACUCUCCUGCAAGGCUGCUCCCGCCACCCAGAUUUACUUCAAAUGUAAUGGCGAGUGGGUUAACCAGAAUGACCAUGUCACCAAGGAGAACCUGGACCAGAUCACAGGUCUGGUGGUGCGUGAGGUGGACAUCUCUGUGUCCAGGACACAGGUUGAGGAGUUAUUUGGGUUAGAGGAUUACUGGUGCCAGUGUGUGGCCUGGAGCUCUGCAGGCACCACCAAGAGUCGCCGUGCAUACGUUCGCAUCGCAUACCUGCGGAAGAACUUUGAGCAGGAGCCGCUCGGCAGGGAGGUGCGUCUGGAACAGGAAGUCCUGCUGCAGUGCCGCCCACCAGAGGGCAUCCCACCUGCUGAGGUGGAAUGGCUAAAGAAUGAGGAGCUCAUUGAUCCUGCACAAGACUCAAACUUCCUCAUGACGGUCGACCAUGACCUCAUCAUCAAGCAGGCUCGCCUCUCUGACACGGCUAACUAUACCUGUGUGGCCAAAAAUGUGGUUGCCAAGCGACGCAGCAGCACUGCUACACUCAUCGUCUAUGUGAGUGGUGGCUGGUCAUCCUGGACAGAGUGGUCAGAGUGCAAUGCUCGUUGUGGGCGUGGCUGGCAGCGACGGACACGUAGUUGCACCAAUCCAGCACCGCUCAAUGGAGGCGCUUUUUGUGAGGGUCCGCCCUUUCAAAGAGUCACCUGCACCACCCUCUGUCCAGUGGACGGAGGCUGGACGGAGUGGGCAAAGUGGUCCGCAUGUGGGACUGAAUGCACACACUGGCGAAGCCGUGAGUGCCAGGCCCCCCCACCACGCAACGGAGGACGCCACUGCAGCGGCAGCAUGAUGGAGAGCAAGAACUGCACCGAGGGACUGUGUGCCCGCAAUAAAAAGAUUUCUGUUGAACAUACGACCCAUCCGCUGGACUCUGGUGCAGGAGUGGCAGUGUAUGCAGGGCUGGUGGGGGCUCUGUUGUUGUGUGUCAUCCUCGUGCUGUGUGUGGGCAUCCUGGCCUACCGCCGCAGCUGUCGCCAUCUCCGUGGCGAUAUCACUGACUCCUCAUCUGCCCUGACUGCGGCCUUCCACCCUGGCAACUACAAACCACCAAGACAAGAUAACCCACAUCUGCUGCACCCCUCAGCUCCCCCUGACCUGACGGCCAGCGCCGGGACGUUCCGUGGGCCGCUCUUCUCCUCUCUGCAGCAGAGCACGCUGGACUCCCACCACAAGAUCCCCAUGACCACCUCCCCCCUGCUGGACCCCCUGCCUGGCUUGAAAAUAAAGGUGUAUGACUCUUCCACCAUGUCCUCUGUGGAGUUGCCUGCUGGCCCGGGCUCCUCUGAUGGAGAGAUCAUGAGUCUGAAGACAGUGGGCAGCGGACCCAGAGACACACUUGGACGUACUCUACCAGGAGAGCCAGGAAACAGCGCCAGUGCCACGCUUGGCUGUCUUGGGGGGCGCCUUGCCAUCCCUAACACAGGUGUGAGCUUACUGGUGCCUCCAGGAACCAUUCCUCAGGGAAAGUUCUAUGAGAUGUAUCUCAUCAUUAACAAAUGGGAGAAGACCACGUUACCAUCUGAGGGUGGUCAGACAGUGCUGAGUCCAGUGGUGAGCUGUGGGCCCUCAGGCAUGCUGUUGAGCCGGCCAGUCAUUCUCACUCUACCCCACUGCGCCCAGCUGGAGCCCCCUGACUGGAGCCUCACCCUAAAGACUCAGACCAACCAAGGAGCCUGGGAGGAGGUGCUGACAGUGGGAGAGGAGAGUCUGUCGUCACCAUGCUACCUGCAGGUGGAGGAGCAGAGCUGUCACAUUCUGAUGGAACAGUUGGGCACCUAUGGGCUAGUGGGUCAGUCAGUUCCGCCUCAGCCCGCCUGCAAGAGGCUGCAGCUCGCACUGUUUGCCCCUCGAGCCCCCUGCCUCUCACUGGACUACAGCCUGAGAGUCUACUGCAUACAUGACACUCCACAUGCCCUGAAGGAAGUGUUAGAAUUGGAGCGAAGUCUUGGCGGAGUGUUGCUGGAGGAUCCCAAAGCGCUUCUCUUUAAGGACAGUUAUCAUAACCUGCGGCUGUCAAUCCAUGACAUCCCACAUUCUCAUUGGAGGAGCAAACUUCUUGCCAAGUAUCAGGAGAUCCCAUUCUACCAUAUCUGGAGUGGGAACCAACGGCCCCUGCACUGCACCUUCAGCCUGGAGAGAGGCAGCCUGGCCGUGUCUCAGCUUAGCUGCAAAAUCUGUGUCAGACAGGUGGAGGGAGAGGGGCAGAUAUUCCAGCUGCACACUGACAUCCAAGAGACAUUGCCCCCCCAUUCGCCAUUGCCUGCAGGAGGGACAUGCCUGCCCUCCUCUCAAGUAGGCCCUUAUGCCUUCCGCCUGCCAGUCUCCAUUCGCCAAAAGAUAUGUGCCAGUCUGGAUGCCCCCAGCGCCCGUGGCUGUGACUGGAGACUGCUUGCACACAGCUUAGGCUUCGACAGGUACCUGAACUACUUUGCGACUAAACCCAGCCCCACAGGUGUGCUGCUCGACCUGUGGGAAGCCUGUCACCAGGGUGACGCAGACCUGGUCUCCCUGGCGACCGCUCUUGAAGAGAUGGGCAAGAGUGAGGUCUUAGUUGUCAUGACGACAGAUGGGGAUUGCUGAUUUGGUAAUCGGAAAGCAUGAGAAGAAGAGAAAUUCGUCACCAUGAAUAAAAGCAACCAUUAAUGCCAGUGGAUGGGCAUGAGGAAACUACAUCCAGUGCACAAACCUUGUUCCCACACGCCAUGAUGACUUGCCUAUAUUACCUCAACCCCAGUGUGUGCGUACAGAACCCCAGAGGACGCUGUGCCCAAGCACAUGAGGCUGGCUGCCACUGGCUGGAUGAACUCCCAGUCUGACAUACACUGCUGUGUUCAGCUGUAGCAAAUGGAGUCACACCAUUGGGCACCACUGGUAAACCAGAAAUCAGUGGUGUCGUUUGGAGUAGAUCAAGAUUUUUUUUCAAAUCCUGAUCCAUGUGGCAAGGUUUCAAAUGUUAUAUGCCUGUGUAAACCAUACAUAUAAGCUCAUGAUCCAAGGAGGCUUUUCCCCUAUCUUAAUUUUACAUGCGUCAUUGUCUUUUACAACCCCUCCCCUAACACACACACCCACUACCAGGUUUGUACAUGCUGGAAGCCCAGUGUGAAAGUGCAUAAUUGAAUAUCCUCAAGCUUUGUUUUCUAGUGAUCACUGGAAGUCAUCAUCAAGCAGCUAUGCACAAACUCAUUCUGAGUGGUGUCUCAAGCCCCAAAGGGGCAUACACAUUAUGCCCAAUCCUAAAGUGAGACUAAAAUUCAUUUCCAGUGGUGAUUAACCACCGGCACUGCAGUUUAGUCUAAGACUAGGCUAAAUCUGUGUCUGGAAAAACAAUCCAUAAACAGCCGAUCUAAUUACUAAAUAAGGUCACCCAUCAACACAAACAAGGUGACUGCCAGAGUUUCAUUCUCAGUCAUUUUCAUUUACAACAUAUCAAGAAAAGGCUACGGUGAACCUGAAAAAUUCCUUCACCUGUUUCGCAAAAACCUUUUCGUGUUGGCUGGAUUAGCAGACAGAUGUCUUUGUUAGAGGACCGAAUUGUAUUUACUGGAUUGUCCUUUUCUCCUUUGGUCUAAAACUUCUAUGAACCGUAGUAUCUUGGUUGCUCUUAAAUAAAUCUUCUCUUCAGUCCAUCAUAUAUAAUGCAGAAGAAGAGCUUUCCAACAAAAGUUUCCUAUAGGGAACGCACUUUUUUAAGUUAUUGUCCAUAUUAGUGGAUCGUUGUUUCUUUCACUCCUUGUUGUUUCUGUUCUAUUACUGUUUUGCAUCUGUGCUUGACUGCUGUUGCAUUACAUUUCUAUUGGCAGGCAGAUCAGCAGGGAGUGGUCUUAAUGUGCUUAAAGGAGUUCAUGUUUUGUGGUCAGCUUUUCUAAAUGCUGUAUAAUAAGUCAUGAGUAAAACUGUCAUUUUAGCCAUUGAAGCAGACGUGAAAAGAAUGUGAACGCUAGAUUGAAGUGAUGGUUUUGGAAAGAGCACAGAACUAUUGUAACUCAUCUGGUGGCAUUAAUCACUGUUCAGAUUCUAAGGUCAGCCAAUUGUAGGCCUUCUGUUAAGUUAUAAAAUGUAGCCUUUUGAAAUGGCAUGGCUGCUCUUUUGACUGCAGUUUGUCACAUUCGCCCACUCUGACUGUGGGUUAGAAAUGUUACUGUAGUGUGAAACCAACAGCCAUGGCUAUCAUGGGCCUUUUAUCAUCACUUGUCCAUGCUGUCAUUUUUGAAGCAUAUGUUUUUUGAUGCUGCAUCAUAAGCAUACUUCUUUUCAUUUUUCAUAACCCUUUCUUUGUAAAAGUGUUCAGAUAUCCAGAAGAAAAUACAAGCAGUAUCUGUCCAUUUCUCUGAAAGAGUGAUUCUAGCUCUGCACAUGUGUGUGUGUGCGCGUAUGUGUGUGCUAUUGAAUGUGUGCUUGUUAAAUGGGCCUCAUCAUUUUGUAGCUAUUUCUUUUUUAUGUCUUUGUAAGUUCUAUGCAAGUACAAACACAAGUGAAUUUGCAGACCUCUUUAAGUUUUCUGUUUGAUGUGUAAGUAUAAGAUUGGGAAUUAUUUUCUUCUUGUACUACUGGCAUAUGCUGUAGCAGGGCUUAGGGGCAAAAAGGUUCUCAAAAGCCCCUCAGCAGCAACAAACAAUACAAAAUGACUCCUGGGAGAGGGCUUAUGACAGGGUUCCGUGUGCUCUGUGCCUCACUUGAGCAGUGUGGAGGCAUGUCAUCAUCAAUAUGAAAAGGCCACAGUAAACAUAGUUUAUGAGGAGGACUUAAUUAGCACCUCCACACAAGAAAAAUCACUGGCAAUUGAGAUGAUGAAGACUACAAAGGAAUCGUAAGCAUGUGUAGCCUUUUGGCUCAGGAUGCACCUUUGAGCGUAACCUUUUCCCAGCCCAGACGCAGCCUCUGGUGGUCAUUCAGGUAUGAGACAUGAGCUGGAUUCUCUUCAGGCUUCCUGAGAUCGGGAAAACCCUUUCUUUCUGGAUGUUGGUUGCUAUUCCCUGGAGCACCCUUGAGGAUAAAAUUGAUCCCAUUUUGUUCAGAUGUAAUUCUUCAAGAGGUUGGACCAGAGCUCAGACCUUUUUAAAGUUCUAUUGUACAUAAAAGUUUAGCCUUCUUACU